AUCACAAUAAUGCAAGUUUCAAAAUUGUACAGAUUGGGUAUACAAAUGGCAAAGCCCCAUCUAUAAAUAUAAGUAGGAGAUGGAAAAGGACUCUUGAGUCUGCUUGAUUGUGAAUCGCCAUUGUAGAGGCUGGUAGAGGAGGAACUGGAGGAAGAGAAGGGUGCUGUUUCUGUCGAUAUGGAAGUAAAUAAUGGCGGCGGAGCGGCGGCGGACCUGCCGGAUUCUAUCUCCUCUGUUAUACCUGGCUGGUUUUCUGAGAUUAGCCCUCUAUGGCCUGGAGAAGCUCAUUCAUUAAAAGUAGAGAAGUUAUUAUUCCAGGGGAAGUCUGAUUACCAGAAUGUCUUGGUGUUUCAGUCUUCAACUUAUGGAAAGGUUCUUGUCUUGGAUGGUGUAAUUCAACUCACCGAGAGAGAUGAAUGUGCUUAUCAAGAGAUGAUUACUCAUCUUCCACUUUGCUCAAUUCUAAACCCAAAGAAGGUUCUUGUUAUUGGAGGAGGAGAUGGUGGUGUCUUGCGUGAAGUAGCUCGCCAUUCUUCUGUCGAGAAGAUAGACAUCUGUGAGAUUGACAAGAUGGUAGUUGAUGUUUCAAAACAAUUUUUUCCAAGUGUAGCUUUGGGAUUUCAGGAUCCCCGUGUAACACUUCAUAUCGGAGAUGGAGUAGCAUUUUUGAAUGCCGUUCCCAAAGGAACUUAUGAUGCAAUUAUAGUGGAUUCUUCUGAUCCCAUCGGUCCGGCUCAGGAGUUAUUUGAAAAACCUUUCUUUGAGUCACUAGCGAAAGCUCUUCGUCCUGGAGGUGUUAUGUGCACUCAGGCUGAAAGCAUAUGGCUUCACAUGCAAAUUAUUGAAAAUAUCGUAGCAAACUGUCGCCAGAUUUUCAAAGGCUCUGUUAACUAUGCCUGGACCUCAGUUCCAACAUACCCAAGUGGUGUUAUUGGGUUCAUGCUUUGUUCUACGGAGGGUCCUGCAGUGGAUUUUAAACAUCCAAUCAACCCAAUAGACGCUGACGAUAGUCAUGUGAAAACGAAAGGACCUUUGAAGUUCUACAACUCCGAGAUCCACUCUGCGGCUUUUUGUUUACCCUCAUUUGCAAAAAAGGCAAUCGAGUCAAAAGCUACAUGAAUGAAGUUUCGCGGAACAAUUAAAGGAUUAGAAUUUGAGCUCUCAUAGAUCUCCUUGCCCGGAUAGUAAUUAAAUGCGUCACUUGGCCCUUGACAAGUGGUCGAGGUUUGAACUAGUUCAUGAAGUAGUUAAUUUGUUAAACGAGAUUGAAUCUAUUAUUGCCUAUUCUUCACUUGAUGUAUUUCUCAAUGUUGUCUUAUGUUAGACAAAGUAUUUCGUGCUUUAUCUGACUAUCAAAUAAUUGUCGAACUUACUUGGGCAAUGCAUGUGUUAUCAUUUCUUA